AUGGCAAGCAAACGGAAAAAAUCUGGAACAUCUUUUCAACGAUAUUAUAAUGAUACUUUUUUGGAAAUGUUUAAAAUUGUUGAUGAAAGUAAAGUUUUAUUUAUUAUUGGUAUAAAUAAAGAAAAGACAAAGUUUCUUGUUAUGACAGAUGACUAUAGUGAUGAUAAAACUUUGAAAGAAUAUAUAGGAGUUUGGGAGGCAAUCGGAAUUCUAAGUGAAAGUAUGGUUAAAAAAAUAAAAAAACUAAAUGAUCGUCACAUUAUUAUUGAUUCUCUUAAAAAACAAAAUCCUGAUAUUCCAUUUCGUAUGAAUCCAUUUGCACCAACUGAUUGGAAUGAAUUUAAAACUUUAGUUAGGUGUAUGCAUUUGACAUGGGCUUAUCAUUUAGAAACAUACAAAGAUGAUUUUCGUGGAAAUGAAUUAUUUAUUAUUAAUUAUUUAGAUAAUGAAUGCCCAUCUUUUAUAUUUAGUAAUAAAUGUCUAUUUGAUAAAUAUACAAAACUAACAAAUAUAAGUUGUUUUAAUGGGUGUAAUGAUUGUCAAUCAACAUCAUAUAGUACUGGUUGUUCUGAAGUUAAACAAUGGUAUGAUACAACAUUAAGAUGGUUAGUGGGAGAUAAAAAAUUUCCUCCAGUUCUUGAGUGUUGUAACAAGUGUAGUUGUUAUAGAAGAAAAGAAAUUUGUAAAAAUAGGAUUUCUCUUACAAAUCGUGAUAGUAUUCCUCUAAUAAUAUUUAAAACUGUAAAAAAAGGUUGGGCUUUAGGAGCAGGAAGAAACAUGAAAGCUGGAGAGGUUGUAACAGAAUAUACAGGAAUUGUUUUUAAUCAUCUUCAAAUAAAGAAAGGAUCAGAUGCCACAUAUACAUUUGAGCUUGACUAUAUACGCAAAGAAUUAGAAAUUGAAUAUGACACGAUUUUUAAAGAAAAAGAUGGUUAUUAUGUUAUUGAUUCUAAACAAAUUGGUAAUGAAUCAAGAUUUGCCUGUCAUAGUUGUGAUCCAAACAUGGAUGUUGUGGCUUCAUAUGGUGUCUAUAAAUCUCCAACUAUACACAAACUAUUUUAUUGUAUGAAAAAAGAUGUUUUAAUAGGUACUGAAUUGACAAUUAAUUAUUUUUACAAUCUAGUUGAAAAUAAAGAUAAAAAUAUGUUAAAAUGUGAAUGUGGUUCAAAAAAUUGUAUGAAAACUCUUCCAACUAAAUAA